AUGGCGGUUGUUGCUUGUUUGGUAGUCAACUGGUCAGGUCAAGGAUUGCAAAAACUGGGUCCAAACUUACCCUGUGAUGCUGAUACUCACACUCUGAUUCUGGACAAAAACCAGAUAAUUAAAUUGGAGCACUUGGAGAAAUGCAGGAAUCUGAUGCAGCUCUCUGUAGCCAACAAUCGUUUGGUGAGGAUGAUGGGUGUGGCAAAACUGACAAAGCUCCGGGUGCUGAACUUGCCUCAUAACAGCAUUGGGUAUGUGGAAGGGCUGAAGGAUUUGGUGCACCUGGAAUGGCUCAACUUGGCAGGAAAUAACCUUAAGGCCAUUGAACAAAUCAAUUCCUGUCUCUCUCUUCAACAUCUUGAUUUGUCAGACAAUAACAUUGCUCAGUUAGGUGAUCUCUCCAAGCUUACAUCACUGAAGACUCUGAUGUUACAUGGAAACAUUAUAACUUCCCUUCGCACCGCCCCCGUGUGCCUACCUCAGAAUCUGACUGUUUUGUCUGUGGCAGAAAACGAAAUCAGAGACUUAAAUGAGGUGUCUUUCCUGGCCUCUCUACAUCAGCUGGAACAGCUGUCAAUUAUGAACAAUCCUUGUGUGAUGGCCACACCUUCCAUCCCUGGCUUUGACUACAGGCCAUACAUUGUCAGCUGGUGUCUGAACCUUAAAGUUCUCGAUGGAUAUGUGAUUUCUCAGAAGGAAAGUUUGAAAGCAGAAUGGCUCUACAGUCAGGGUAAAGGAAGAUCAUAUCGACCUGGGCAGCACGUUCAGCUGGCCCAGUACUUGGCUACUGUUUGUCCUCUUAUAUCUUCAUAUGGUCUCCAGACUGAAGAGGAUGCCAAACUGGAAAAAAUACUAAGCAAGCGAAGGCUCCACCAGAGGCAGCUGAUGCAUGAAAACCAAAAUGAAGGACAACCUACAUCUUCUCCUCCCACCAGAACAGCCCCAGUUACUUACGAACAGAGCAGCCCAGCCCAGGCACCACAGGUGGCUCUCGAAAGAGAACCUGUCAUCCAGAGGAAUUCUUGGGUUGGACCAAAUGGAAACGAUGAUCAUUCCUAUGCAGCAAAGAACACGUAUCUUCUUGAAAAAAGUUUUCACCAGGAGCUAUAUCUUGAAGAUAUACAGACAGAUGAAGACAAACUAAACAGCAGCCUUUUAUCCUCAGAGUCCACUUUCAUGCCAGUUGCUUCAGGAUUGUCUCCAGUGUCUCCUCCUUCAGACCUGAAGCUCCAUGGCGUCAGUUUGGGCCUAGGAGAUGGCAAUGAUACAGCAGUUGAAUGUGAGAGAGGUGUUAACAGCAGAGAGACAGCUAACAAGCAAGAAGCUUCCUGUGUUACCAGAGAGCACUUGAACGGAGUGGUGGGAAGUGUGGAAACUCAAGAGAACAUCAAAGAGAGUAUGCUGUUGCCACCUGAUCCAGCAACAGCUAACCUGACUGCUGACACUAGCAACUGUUCAGCAUCCUCUGAAGACCAAGUUCUGCUCAGUCCCCCCAGCACCUCAGUCGGUGCUGAACCAGGAGCUGCAGCUCCCUGUCCUGGCCAGCUGACAGGAGAAGGCUGCGAUUCGUUAGCUGCUGUCGCUCAAGGCACAGCUGAGCUGCAGAGAAUGAGCCAAGCAGCUACCAAGCUUCAGGCCUGCUGGAGAGGAUUCUCCACCAGGAGCCACCACCCCCGGGCCAAGGAGGUGCGGUACGAGAUCCGGCUGCGCCGCAUGCAGGAGCACAUCCUCUGCCUCACUGAUGAAAUAGAAAAACUGAGAAAAGAAAAAGAGGAAGAUAAGAUUCAGAGGCUUGUCCAGGAGGAAGCUGUCAGAUUUCUUUGGAACCAGGUUAAAUCCCUUCAACAGUGGCAG